AUGUUUCUUCCCAAUGCCGGCAGAACGCUGUAUCUCGAUCUUUAUCACAUCGUACGAACACAUACUAUAGCCUCCCCGCAAUGUCGUCGUUCCGUCUCGACCACAUCGGCCAUCAAUCGAGGCAUCAGGGCCUCACGCGACACAAGAUCGAGGUCCAGGGAUGGAGGCAGACUUGGAGGAAGAGAUCGCACUCCCGUGGCAGCUGCUCCGACGACACGCGAUAGAGCGAGUCGGUUACGUGGCGAUGGGUUCCGCGGUACCGCCUUUGCACGUAACGAUCGUGCUGCAGCUGCAUCGAGAGAUGGAGCAGGGCGUCGACCAGGUUCUUUAGAACAGCGGGAUCCACCGCCACCUCCGAGGAGCGAAGUCAGACGAUCUUCGUUCAGCAGAGAUCGUGGACCAGAGACUCGAGAGCAGCGGCAGUGGUCAAGGGCAGAGACUGUUGAGCCUCCUUCAUUCCAAGAAAGGAGGUCUCGGCCAUCUGGUCGUACUGGAGAUAGAACGCCUCCACGCAUAAGCUCAGGUCGCAAGACGUACGAGGCGGAUGAUGACCCUCCUCCAAGGUAUGGAGGGCGCGAGCGAGUGACUUCCAAAUACACCUCGCACGGCCCACCUAAGCCACGGGAGGAAGCUGGAGCACGACGCCGGAGCUCUUUCGAAGAAGACGAUCGCCCGGUGCAGAGGUACAACUCUAAGGAGCGGGAUCCGCCCUCGUACGCUUCACGUGAAUCACGAAAGGCACCCUACGAGGCUGAGAAAUCACUUUCAAGGACAUCUCGUGACAAGCUCGACCAGGACAGAUCUUUCAAUGACACCCGCCAGCCCAGAGAAAUCCGUCCACCAAGGAAUGUCCGAGACGAGGCACCUACUGGUGGAGCUGCCAACACUUACGACCGCUCAAGUAAACGGCGAGAAAGGGACGCAAAUAAAGAAGCCUACGAAUCUCCCAUGCCAAUCCCCUACACAACAGCCGCCAGCCAAUUCCUCUACGGCACCAACGUCGUGCACGCCGCCCUACGCUCCCAGCGCCGUAAGCUCUAUCGCCUACACCUCCAACAGCGCUCCACAGCCCCAAAUUCCAUCCUCCGAAUGGCGGAGAAAGCCAAGAUCCCCAUCGACCGCAACGCCAGCGUUCGCUUCCUUGAUACCGUGUCUGACAAUCGUCCACAUAAUGGCGUCGUGCUAGAUGCUUCUCGCUUACCUGCUCCGCCUGUCCUUGCGUUGGGGAAGCCUGAUGUCAAGACUGGUGCCAUAGGUCUGACGCUUGACCGACAAUCGGCAGAGGAUGUCCUCAUCAACGGCUCAUCAGCCUCGCUCGACCUCCCUGCUCCGUCUCAAGCCGGCCGCCACCCCUUCAUCAUCAUGCUCGAUGGUAUCCUUGACGAAGGCAACCUGGGCUCUAUCAUGCGUACAGCGCACUUCUACGGUGCGGACGCCGUCGCCAUUGCCACGGCAACAUGUGCUUCCAUCAACUCCCCCAUCGUCGCGAAAGCCUCGAGUGGUGCCUGUGAAGCCGUGAAGCUCUUGGGGCUGCCGAAACCUAGCUCGUUUGUGCUGGACUCGGCGAAAGCGGGAUGGAGAGUUUAUGCUGCUGUUGCGCCGGGCGAUGAGGGCAGUGGUGGGGCUCCUGGGGAUAGGAAGCAGAUGAGGGUGAGUACGAGGGAGGUUGCGAGAGAGAGUCCGCUAAGGGAUAAGCCGGUUAUACUUAUGCUUGGUGCUGAAGGAGAGGGCUUGAGAGCCAAUCUUGUCAAUAAGGCGCAUUGUCUUAUUAGUAUUGAGAGGGGUGCUGUGGGUGAUGGGGUCGUGGAUGUGGGUGUUGAUAGCUUGAAUGUGGGUGUGGCGGCUGGGGUGCUUAUGGAGGCUUUCUUGAGGACUUCGAAGGAGCCUGGAGCUGUGAAGGAACAGAAGGAGGAUGCCGCUGCAUCUGUGCCCGUGGUUGGAGAGCUGGGCUUCUAA